AUGCGAAGGAAUGAUGACAAAAAACCGCUGGGAACUCGCGAGGUCGGGGACAAGUUCGAGGACGACAAAGAUCAACCGAAGAGAGCCGAUCAGAUGGUUAGAGCAUCUGACCUCGAACCCUUCCCCCAUCCUCCAGCCGAUCCAGCCGAGAGUGCGGCCAUGGGGAAAACAUAAAGAGACGAACUCUUUUACGAUGUGAGGGUCUCCAUAAUGGGCAAAGGAGAAAAUGUCUUGAAUUUUUAUGCAAACGGCCUGGGACCGUUCCUUUUUAUUAUUUUUCAUUUUCCCUUUCUCCCCCCGUUAUCAAAAAAAUUUGCUGAUUCGUUGGUUGUACUUCUGCCGUCGGAACGGCGGUCAUGAUUCACGUUUUUGGUUUUGUUACAGUACGGGAUACCAUCCGAAUGCACGGUUCUGUGGUCAUCAUGACGACCAGCUCUUCUUUUUUCGCAUUACGUAUGCGUUUAGAAAGUGCCCGCAUAACAUAUUCUGGGUUCCCAUGAGACGUCGUUAUUACAUCGACGUGAAUCGAUUAAAUUGUGUUCUACAUCCAUCCAGGUUCGCGAAUCUGCGUAUGUGUAAUUUGCUAUGCAAUUGAGCCCUUUGUUUUUGAAUUUCGUGCCGAGACAAGUGUUUGUACAACACCUCUCCGCCCUCUGGAGUCUUUGGAAUCCGGCUCGUUAAUCCGGCCGUGAUCUCCUUUCUUUCGCCAUGCCCAGCAUAAUCCCAUUUAUCAUUUACACGGAUUGCAUUAAAUUGACGCAAAUGACCUGCCACGAAGACGACAAAAAUUAAUGUUUCAUAAUUUUUCGUGUUACGUUGGGGGCCGAGGGAGGCGAAGAUAUACACAGACUCCGCCCACUUUUGGAACGACUCGGCCGCGAGCAAUUUUUUGUGUGUUUCGAGUUUUGGGGGGCUCGGCACUCCUUUUCCCAAUUAUCCUGCACUUUUUUUGGCACACGUCUAAUCGUGUCUGUUGGCGGAUUCCAUCGACGUCGGGGGCGGGCGUGGGGACGACAUCUAAUUAAUGGUAACGCCUCUUUAUCAGUCCAAUUAAUUCCACUCUUACGUCCCUCUUUUUUGCGCGAAUUGAUGUAAUAAUUUGGAAAAUUACUGUGUGUGUACCCGUCCGACGCAGUUGCGGUGUAAAACCGGCUCUUCCGUGCGUCGACAGGUCCUGACUAAUCCCUCCGGACAAGUGUAAUUCGCCUUAAUUCCCAUGAAUAUGUAUAAUAUCACUUCCGUGCGAAUCGCCUUUUCCACUUCUCGGCCGGAUUUACAUUCGGGAGGCCUACAUCUCUGCUAUCAUUACAUUUGUUUAAUUAAUUUCUCCCUCGAAAGGCUUCUGGAGAACCGCGAAGUCGUUCUGAAAUUAUUCCAAUUUUCAUUUAUUAUUUAUUUCAUUUUUUACCCGGGUUACACCUUGCACUUAAAGAGCGCUUUCACAGUGUUUCAAGGCUGAAAACAAAUUGCAACCAAUUCCGCAUUACACAUUUUAAUUUAAAAAUUUAUACUUUUUAACGCGCGUUGUUGCUCAUUGUUUUUUUUUCAAUUUAUUGAAGUUAAUUUUAGGCCGUCUUCACACCCAAUCGUCGUCCUCUUUGUCCCGUCCAACGCCGCGAUUCUGCUAGCCAUCCUGGUGCCGGCUGGAGGCCCUAGAAACUCCUCCACUCCCGCGCCAGUCCAGUGUGAUUCGCGCAACGGACCCAGCGACGACGGACAUCAUUUCGCGAGUGGACCGCAGCCGAGCGCUGCGCAAGAGCGCCGCCAUCGAGGAUGAGGACCAGGAUCAUCAGCUGCAGCAGGUCGUUCAGCCGCCGCCCGCUCAGCCAGUCCAGUCCAGCCAGUCUCUGUCAGUAGUCCCCUCCCAGCCCUUGGUCUCGCUGACCCAACAGCCUUUGGCCAGCGACGACUACUCCAAAUUGGCUGCUGCGGUUGCCGCCAUGCAAAAUGCCAACAACCAGGUGAAUGGCGGACUGUCCGCUAAUCCAAAUCCGGGUGGAAUUACGUCAAUGACGGACCUUUCUUCCAAUGCUUUGAGCCUUUUAUGCGGCGUCAAACAGGAAAGUCCAUGUAAGUCUGGCCCAGAAGACUGUCCUCGAGUCUUUAUUAAAUCUCUGAAGACAUUGAGAGACGAGGCUUUACGUUCCACCUAGUAUUCCCGACGAAUCUCCCGGAUAAUGGGGGAUAAGUACUUUACAAGUCAUUUUAAGGGUUUGGGGCCGGAUUAUGAAAUUCCUUUUUUCAGACACGAGUAAAGACGACUUAAUGGCCAUGGUGUCGAACUCGGAGUUUCUGAAUCAGCCCAAUAAUUGGUUGUUGAACAAGGCUUUGACACUCGGCGCUAUUGCCAACGUAAGUGUUGUGUUAUUUAUAAAUUUACUUCGCUCUUUCACAGAGUGAUAUCAGCGCAGAAGAGGCCUUACGGCAAGAGGAACGUAAACUGUUCGAUCCGAACCGUCACGUAAGCAUGUCUAAUGAGCUCUAGAUCCGGUUUCAGCCCUCCACAGAGUCGACAGCGUCCACGAGCAGCUCCAUUCCACUGGCCGAACAGAACAUUCCCAGGAAACAGGAGAUCCAGAAUGACAUCCGCCACAACAAGGGCCGCUUCGAGUUGGUUCGGAAACGUGGCCGUUCCGACGUGUGGAACCUGUUCGGUCAGGUGGUCGACAAACAGACCGGAAACCGCCUCCCGUACGUUGCCUGUUAUGCAUGCAAGGUAUUGUACACGGACACGGGCGGGGGCACCGGUAACAUGACCCGGCAUCGCUGCUCCAUGGGCAGCAGUUAUCGCUCGUCGUUCCCACGGUAGGCGUCUAAUAUGAAAAUCUGAUGUGUUGCAGAAGCGAGACACAAGACCAGAGCGGGACCCAGUCCUCUUCCUUCGAGUCCGUUCACGGAUUCGGCCCCAAUUCCCCGGAUGUUCAAGAACAGAACGACCCUCAGCACAGCACGACGGCAGCACGGGAAGCAUUCGCAUAUCAGGGUUAUCAUGGCUCGUUGGGAAGUUCUUUAGGAUCCACCGGAUACACUUCGUCCGGCCUUUCUCACAGUUCAACAUCGAUCGAAUCCCUUCCCGAACAUCAUCGAGGAUUCUUCAGAUCGCAUUCAGCAGGGCAUAGUUCUACUACAACCACCACCACGAGUAAUACAACAGGUCUUUUGCAUCCAAAUGCAGCUGUUCCUCCACUUCAACGGGCUGGAUCCGCGGUUGGGGUUGCAAAUCUAGGCAUCGGAGGGUCUGGGAUUAGCACCAAUUUGGGCGGCAGUCGGUCGAAUGUGACGACCCCGACUCUCCUACAGCAAUGUCAGCAUCUUACUCCAAGCCAGAAACCAGUUAAGGCUCCAACAAGACCAGGCUCCAGCCAACAGUUAAGAGCGACGACUCCAGUACCUCCAGUAGUCGUAACUGGGGCUGGCUACGUGUUCACUCAAGCCGAUAAACAGUUGUUUGCCCAGGCGGUUCUCAAGUUCUGUGCCCAAGACAUGCACAACAGCGAUGUUGUGGCAGUAAGUUCCGUUUCCAUUGCUCAUAAAUCGAGUGUAACAUCCGUGAAACUUUAAACCUGGCCUUUUUCGAGUCGGGGUUUCCCGAAUUAGUUUUCUGGAUUUCUCAUUACUUUUCUUUUCCAGGGCGAAGGCUUCAAGAACCUCAUCGAAACGGUGCUAUUCAUCGGCCGACGUUCCCAUGGUGAUAACCACGUCUCGAACAGCUUUGAUCCGGUCCGCAAUCUAAUACCCAGUGCCCAACAAAUGCGUGAGGUUAGUCUCCAAGACCUUUUGAAGACAUUCUCGGGUUUCAUCUCGCCCCCACAAACCCUCAGAGCAGAUGGGAUUUCAUCUCCAGCCUCUUUCUUAUCUUACUUACCCCAAUUCCAGGUUGUAAUGGCCCAAGACGAUGCGAUACGAGCCGCUACCAAGCAAGAUAUGGACCAGCUGAAGGACAUUGGCAUCUCUUUACUGGGACAGAUCAUCAAAUUUGGCGAUGAGCAGUUCAUAUCCAUCAUGGCCAACUAUAUAACCGAUGAAUGGCAAAUUACGCAACGCCCUUUGAAGUAAGAAAAGUACUUUUAAGAGUUUUUUUAAAGGUUUAUGUACUUUUAUGAUUGGGGAAAAAGAUAAAUGGGGAAACUGAAAAUUACGACAGGGUCCAUAAUAGGCAGAUUCAGAGAAUCCGUUGGAGUGUCAUAGAUACCCUUACAUCCUUGUAAAAAAGUGUAAAUCGGAUAAAUUAUCAAUUGUAAGCUUAAAUCUUUCAAAAACAAAUUUGAAAAAAUGUUAAUUCUAAAUAGUUGUGAAGGCUGAAUAAUCACACUUUUCAAACAAAAAAAAUUACACUUCCAUUUUUACGCUUACAACAAAUUUUCCAAUAUAAUAUCAUUCCUAACAGUGUUACAUCAAAAUUAACACUUUUUUCAAAGUUACAAUUUUUUGAAAAGUUUACACCUACAAUUCAUAUUUUUCCCAAAUUACAUUUUUUGCAAAGAUAUAAGGCAAUCUAUGACAUUCCAACGGAUUCUCGGAUUCUGCCAAUUAUGGGGUCGACAAAUUAUGAGUGGGGUCGAGAAUAGUAUUCAGGUGAUGCGCAUUCGGGUGAUGAAAAAUUCUGGUGUGCCCAUUCGGCUGAUCGCUUAUUCGGGUGAUGGAUUUUCGGAGUAGGUGAAUUUUGGGGUAAUGACGAAAAUAUUCUUCUGAUGAUUACUAAAUAUGACUUAAUAUUCAAUUGAUUGCAAAAAUUUUACCGUGGUUUUUAGUAUUCCGUACAAUUAUAAAAAUAAUAAUAGUGCUAACAUUGAUAUUUGAGCAAAACGGACUUGAUUAUUGAAUUCUCCGUGUUUGAUUACCCCUGAAUAAAACUUUUGUUUUUUCGAAGAUUUCAAUGUCACUUCAUACUUACAAUAAUGGUCAUGACAUCGUCCAGGUCACCCAAGAAAUUUCCUACUUUAAAAUGGGUUCCAUUCUUGGAUACCUGAUGGUCGAAACCCCAAAAGGGAAUAAAAUUGUAAAAAAAUCGUAUAUUCUUGGAUACCUGAUGGUCGAAACCCCAAAAGGGAAUAAAAUUGUAAAAAUCUUCAAACUUUAACAAUGUUACGUGAUAUUUGGUAGCCUGCAGUACAAUAUUUUCUUCAUCACCCGCGAAUUUCACCAACCCAAAAAUCCAUCACCCGAACCUGCACCACCGAACCCUGCGAUCCUGUUGCCUUAACUUUCAGUUUCCCCAAUUGUUAAUCUCCGCUAUAUGUAUAGGCGGUUUGACUAAAAUAAUUUCCAUAUUCCAGAGUCCGAGCGUGUCAAAGUCCGUCGAUGGAGGAUUUCAUGGGUUUAUUACAAGAAGUGAUGCAUGAAUACAAUCUGUUCGAUGCCAGACAAAUCCUCUUAACGCUCUGUUCCGAGAUUGAUGAUGAAAAGGAGAUCAACGGCCUUCCGUCCAACGUCCGAGUCAUCAGGAAUGUUGUGCGAGCUUUGAACGGCAUAGUGAAUGAAUGCUUUGAACAGGCCCCCGAUUUGGACAUUGUCCAAGAGACGAUUCGCACCUGUAAUAGCGUGCUGGAUUACCUGAUUCAGAAGAAUUUGUUUAUCGAUGAAAUCCCUGCAUGUCUGAUGACAAGAGAGCUGAAUGAAAGUGCUUUGCUGAUGACCGACAACCUUUCUGAGCUGUAUUUGACAUUGAAAUUUGUGCGAGAGAACGUUGGGAAGAUUGCCAAAACAUUAGAGUUACUUUCAGCGAAUCGUAAGUCAUAUUUUGAGUGCCUUAAGUUACUUGCCUUUUAGAACUGUUUGAGAAAAUGAAAACAACCGAUUGGGCGUUUGUGGAGAAGGUGGAAGUCUUCCUCGAGAGUUAUUAUGACACCUUCAAGGAAUUCGGAGAGGACAAGGACCUCACCUUCCAGGCGAUCGUCCCCAAUUUCUUCAAUCUUCUAGAUGAAUACGAACAAGUCGAUGGCGAUGACAUUCAAAUUAAUGAUGAUUUGAAUAAGAAUAUGAAGAAAGAAUUGGAUUGGGGACGGGCGAUUAGAAAGAAUGCUGAGGAGAAGCUGAAAGAAUGGGUGAAUAAACAUCUGACCAAGGAGCAUUACAUGUCCACGGUGCUUAAUCCCAAGAUCAGAAGUCUCCAAUUAAUAUGCACUGACAUGCAGAAGUAAGUGGGAUUCAUAUUUUUGUUUCAAAAUUAUUUUAAAAUUUUCUUACAAUUCAUUGAUUAAAUCCAUAGUUUAUUUCUUUUAUGGUCCUGGUGAGCAUGAUUCAGCCUAAGGACAAAGAGUUCUAGGGUUACAUUUUGUUUACCCUACUCCCAAAAUAAGAAUUCAUUUUUAGAAUCAACAUUUACUCGAGCAUCAAGGAUGUGAGUGGCUUGAAUAAGAUGAAAAGAGAGCGAGAUUCCACCAGGUCGGACGAUGGAGAACCAGCCAGAAAACGGCGAAAUUUCCUUUCCAAACUGGAGGAUUGCGCCAUGGAAGACGACGAAUUAGAAUGUUAUCUUCGGACUCCAUUUGGCCAGAGUAAAAUUAGGUGAGUAAUUAAGGCAUGGAUUGAAUGUAUUUUCUGGAUUUUUUUCAUUCUCCGUUACAGAUCAUUACUGGAGUUCUGGUCGACAUUCGGCGAAACCAAUUUCCCCAAGCUGUCCAAGUUUGGCCGCUUUAUUCUGGGGGUCCACUCGGCUUCACGCCCUCUCAAAAUAAAUCUACCCUCCACCAAAUUGAGUGCCGAACAGAUCGGGACUUUCCUCAAAUUACGGUAACCGAAUCCUUGAUGAUAUUCAAUAUUCGAUAUUCAGACCUGAAGUCUCGAGCACGGUCAGCCGGCCGCUGCCACGCAUUUAA